AUGGAAGAUGAUGAGCAGAGGAUUACACGUUUGGAAGACAAUGCUGAAAGAGCUCGAGCAAGAAGAGAAGCGGAGAGUAAUGAGCAAAGAGAAAGGCGGUUAGCACAGAAGUCCGAGAGAGCCCGAAUAAGAAGGCAGCUGGAAGAUGACGAGCAGAGAGAAAUGCGUUCGGAAGACAAUGCUGAAAGAGCUCGAGCGAGAAGAGAAGCGGAGAAUGAUGAGCAAAGGGAAAGAAGGUUAGCAGAGGAAGCGGAGAGAGCACGUGUAGAAGACGUUCAGAGAUAG